GGGGCUGAGGGAACGGGCAGGCCCUGCGCGGGGCAGUGCGGUGGGUGCGAGGUGUGACCCCUGAGGCUGAGCGGAGCUGCGCGCAGGAACGGGACGGGACUGGACUCUCUAGGGCUACGGGAGUGCCCGUGAAUUCCUGGGACACUAUGGAAAACUAUUUACUUCUGACUCACUUCUCUUUGGCUAGAUAGAAAUUCCCCUGCAGAUAAUUUGUGUUAUGUUCAUUACUAAAAUAGAAGGUGGAGAUAUGCAGUCCUAACAUCCUUACUGUCACCUGGUGCAUCUCAGCUGGCUUCAGUGCAGCUACGUGAAUUUAUAUGAGGGUGGAGUUUUAGUGUUUUGAUUUCAGGAUGAAGAGCAGGAUACCUCUCAUUCUUCUAGCUUGUGGCUCCUUUAACCCCAUCACAAACAUGCAUAUGCGUUUAUUUGAGCUGGCUAGAGAUCACCUGCACCAAACAGGAAGGUAUCAGGUGAUUGAAGGCAUAGUGUCUCCUGUUAAUGACGACUAUGGAAAGAAAGGUUUGGUUUCAGCAGGGCACCGGAUAGCAAUGGCUAAACUAGCACUGGAGACAUCUGAUUGGAUUCGAGUUGAUCCAUGGGAGAGUGAGCAGGAGACAUGGACAGAGACAGUAAAAGUUUUAAGGCACCAUUACAAUGAAGCACUCAGAUUGUUCUGGUCCAAGAAAGAAUUAAUGGAAAACAAACGGUCCACAGAAAGAUCUACAGGGGGUUCCCUUUCUUACCAGCACUCAGUUCUACCAGAGUUAAAGCUGCUCUGUGGGGCUGAUUUUCUACAGACAUUUAGGACACCCAACCUGUGGAAGGAAGAGCACAUCAAAGAAAUUGUGGAAAAGUUUGGUUUGGUCUGUGUUAGCCGUGCUGGCUCUGAUCCUGCUCAGUAUAUCCGUGAAUCAGACCUUUUAGCUGAAUUUCAGCACAAUAUCUUUCUAGUGAAAGAAUGGAUUCAGAAUGAGAUCAGUGCAACACAGAUACGUUAUGCCUUGUGCAGAGGGUUAAGUGUAAAAUAUCUCAUACCAGAUUCUGUUAUAUCCUACAUUGCACACCACAAUAUCUACACAGAAGAGAGUGAGCGGAAGAAUGAAGGUGAUCUCCUCCAGCCUCUGAAGUUGCACAACAUAACAGUAAACCCACUGAAUGACUGAUGUCUGGAUGGAAUGUUUGGAGAGGACUGACCUGGUGUUUUUUCAUGUUAAGUUCUUGAGAAAGUUGUUUCUUGUUAAUGUACAUCUGUCCAAAAUAUUUUUAAUUCAUGUGGUGUUUAGAGUUUGUGGUGUGUGUGGUAGUAUUUCAGCAAAUUGGGGUGUUCAGCUGUGUAGCUUAAAAUAUAAUAAACAGCUUCCUUGUGAAAAUAAUUUUAAAAAAAUAGCUUAACAGUAAAUAUUAAUCUCCUGUAUUACUCACGGGUCAAACAUAGUACUUUCUUCAAUUGUGAUUUUGUAAACCUAUAGCCGUUUUUAGUAAGAAGAGGCCUUGCUGUUCUGAAGAAACAAAAUUAACCCUAACUUUCUUUUUAUAUAUAUAUUUAGUACGGCUAAACUUUGACUUUUUAGGACCCUUAAUAACUUUUUAUGUUUUGGCAAUUUGAACAAGAGAUGGAAAUAAAUCUUUCUUCUGUGCAAGCACUUAAAA